CAAUUGAUAAAAAAAAAUAAAAGAAAAUUUUCUACUUGUCUUGUUUUUUAGAGAGCUCUCCAAAAUAAAAUAAAACUAACUAAAAAAUUUUAUAACUUUCUUAUUUCUUUUUGAAACAAAACACUCACCAGUUCUCUUUAAACAACAAUAAUGUCCGAGCACAAUUAUCUACAACCAGUUAAUAAUCAUUUCAACAAUGACGACGACGACGUCGACGAUGAUGAAUUCCUAGCAAAUUCUCGAACACAACAAAAUCCUAAAAGAAGUACAAAUCCAUUUGAUGAUGAUGUCCAAGUUUAUGAACAAAAACGCAAAGAAAUUGAAGAUCGUACUUUGCAAGCAUCAAAUCGAAGUUUAGGUCUUCUAUAUGAAACUGAAGAAGUUGGCAAAGCUACAGCUUCUGAAUUAGCCAAACAACGUGAACAAUUAGAGAAAACCUCGCGCCAACUCGAAGAAAUCAACUCGACUUUACGAUUUAGUCAACGUCAUUUGAAUGGCCUCAAAAGUGUCUUUGGUGGCUUGAAAAACUAUCUCUCUGGCAAUCGUGAUAACAUGAGUCCACGCAUUGCCUCCUCGCCGUCUGGCAGUCGUCUGGGCGAAGAUAUUCCAUCAUCUUCGGCGCCAAUGUCGCCAGAUGAUGUCUUUGACAAUCAUCCAAUCAAUAGAAUUCGUUCUGAUAACAUUCAAGGACAACAACAACAACAACGUUACAUGAAUGAGAAUAAAGCCAGCUUUGAUAAAAGACUCGAAUCGAAUCUGGAAAAUAUGUGCGAUAGUUUGUCGCGUCUCAAAGGUCUGGCCACGGAUAUGAGAGGAGAAAUCGAAUCGCAAAAUGAUUUGCUAGACAAUAUGAAUUACAAAAUCGAAGAUGUCGACUUGAAGAUGAGCAAACAGAAUAAGGAAAUUAAUAAAUUGUUGGGGAAGAAGUAGACAGAAAUGUUAA